AUGUUGCGAAGCAUACGAUUCUUAACGUUACGUAAUAGUUGCGCAUCCUCAAAUUGCGAGCAUUACUGCAAACAACAUAAUAAUGGAUCUGUGCAGUGUAGUUGCAGAAAUGGCUACACUUUACAGUCUGAUGGUUAUUCUUGUGCAGAUAUUAAUGAAUGUCUGCUACUUCUGGAUGACUGCUUGGUAAAUCAACGUUGCGUGAACACACCUGGAUCAUACCGAUGCGUGCGAACACUGCCUUGUGGUACGGGUUACGUGCUUAACAGCGAAACUGGACAAUGCGCAGAUAUCGAUGAAUGCAAAAUAGGUACACAUUUCUGCAGUGCCCAGUAUAUGUGUCGUAAUACUAUUGGAAGUUAUAAAUGUGAAAUGAAGCAAUGCGAAGAACGAGAAAUUAGGAAUCCUCGCACUGGUGAAUGUACAAAGCAGUUCUGUCCUCUUGGUUAUAUCCCUAGCAAUGGCAAGUGUCGAGACAUCGACGAAUGCAAGAAUGGCUCACAUUUGUGUGGUAGAAGGCCUUGUAUCAACUUGCCUGGAAGCUAUAAGUGUAUUUGCUCAGCUGGUUUCGACUUCAAUACCACUACAAAACGUUGUGAAGACAUCAACGAAUGUACGGAAUUCCGUGGAUAUAUUUGCAGAAAAGAAAGUUUCUGUGAAAACACUUACGGAUCCUUUAAAUGUCACCCAAUCAUUACAGAAGAUGUCAUUACAAAAGAUACUUCUUGA